AGCACCUGGAGGAAAGACCCAGUCAGCCCUGGGAGCACAGGUGAAGGCAAUUCACUGUGUGACCAGAAGGGCUGGAGCCACGUUCAACCCCUCUUAGGCCUCAUUGAAGGGCUGACUGCUACUGAGGAAGGAUUACUUUCUGGAGAUCUUUCCUGGUGGAAGCUUUUCCCUGUGAGCCCAGAAUCUUCUGAUACAGAUUCCUUUUCCAGAGGUCAAUAAGGACUUGAUGACAUGAAUCUGGAAAUUACCAGGAUGGCACACUCUUUGAAUGAAUGGCUAUGGCAGCACGAGUUCUGGCUCCCCCCGGGAAUUACAUGGGAGGACAUGAAAGAGUCUGAAGACAUCCAUUACCCUCAGCCUCGUGAUCUUUUGCUCAGCAUCCCUUUUGCCUUAAUCCUGGUUGUCAUUCGAUGUAUCUUUGAAAGAGCCAUAGCCCUGCCUCUUAGUGCCAAACUGGGUGUGAAGGACAAGCUGAGACCUAAAGCCCAGCCCAUCUCCAUUCUGGAAACUUUCUACGUUGUGAAUUGUAAGAACCCUAAAGAGGGUGAGCUGAUCAGUUUAGCCAAACAGUGUGACCUGCCAGUAAGAAAGGUGGAGAGGUGGUUCCGGCGCCGGAGGAAUACUGACCGACCAAGCCUGUCGAAGAAGUUCUGCGAGGCCUGCUGGAGGUUUAUGUUUUAUAUCAUUUCUUUCUUCACUGGGCUGGCUGUACUGUACGAUAAGCCUUGGCUUUGGGACCAUAGAGAGUGCUGGACAGGAUACCCACAACAGCCUCUCCAGCCAUCUCUGUUUUGGUACUACCUGCUUGAGCUCUCCUUCUACUGCUCACUGGUCUUCACCUUGCCCUUUGAUGUGAAGAGGAAGGUGAGUGACAACGCCAGGGAAGAGUCAAGCGCAAACAGAAUGCAAGCUUAAUGCUCAGGAGUGUGUUCUUCAAGAGUGUAUAGUGCAUACAGUGUCGGUCUGAUGUUCUGUGGGACUCUAUCCUUACUCGUUGCCAGGAAUUUCCAUUCCCAGUCACUAGCUUCCCACUCCUCUGGGAGGUGGGGAAUGUAAACCCUGGCAUGGAAAGGUGCGAGCUACCACAUGGGAUGCGAUUGACACACCAGAGGGACGGGAUGCCAUUCAGAGGGACCUAGACAGGCUUGAGCAGUGGGCUGGGAGAACCUCUUGAGGUUCAACAAAUCCAAGUGCAAGGUCUUGCACCCACGUCAAGGCAACCGCCACUAUGAAUACAAGCAAGGGGAUGUAAGGGUAGAGCACAGACCUGCCAAAAGGGACCUCGGAGUACUGGUGGAUGGGAAGCUGGACAUGAGCCAGCAAUGUGCCCUCAUAACCCAGAAAGCCAACCGCAUCCUGGGCUGUGUCAGAAGCAGCGUGGUCAGCAGGGGAAGGGAGGUGAUCCUGCCUCUCUGCUCUGUGCUGGUGAGGCCUCACCCGGAGCACUGCAUCCAGAUGUGGAGUCCUCAGUACAGGAGAGAAAUGGACCUGCUGGAGUAUGUCCAGAGGAGGGCCACAGAAAUGAUCCAAGGGAUGAACAUUUCCCCUGCAAAGACGGGCUGAGAGAGUUUGGGCUGUUCAGCCUGGAGAAGAGAAGGCUCUGAGGAGACCUGAGAG